AUGCAUUUUGAGCAAAGAACGAUUGUUGAAAGAUUGAGGUCAGAACAUUCGGAAUCGCUUUUAAACGAAACUGCUCAAAGUCAGUCUAAGGUUGCCACUUUACGGAAAUGCAUCCUUGCUGCUUCGCCACAGCUGCUCAUGCAUUUUGCAAAUAUUUUACUUGAUGUUGCUAAAGGACAAGCGCCAGUAUGUGAAUUGGAUUCUGUUCUCGUACUUCUUCAAUAUCCCGUCGAAGAGCGAAUUUCUGGUCAGGCUAUUGGGCAUCGAAGUGAUGCAAGUAAUGGAGACUGUAAAACAUCAACCCAAUCUAAAGCAUCAGAAGCUACAAUGGUCCAUGCCCAUUUAACUAGUCGUUCGGAUUGCGAUUUGAAUCGUGAAUUGACAACAGAAAAAGCUUUGAAAUUUGAGUUAGCUAAGCAACAACUUUCCACUGGGGAAGCAAAGUUAAGAAAGCAGCAAACUUUGGAAAAAAUACGAACCAGAACGCGAGUAAUUAAUGAUGACCAAAAACAGUUUCCGAAGACUAAUAGUACCAAAGAUUUGGAAAAUAGUAUCUGCAUGCUCAUUGAUGGCAUCCUGCCAUGGGUUGGGCAACAAAGUGAACUGAUUGCAGACGAUCAAUUGAUGAAACAACUGCGUGAGAGAUUACUGCAACAAGCCUCAGUGAUCUGCUUUCCUAAAAAUGCCGCAUAUUCAGAUUUGUUCUGUAAGCAAUUAAGCACAAUUUUUGACAGCACACUGUCUCAGUAUGUAGGCAGCAAAUUAGCUGAAGUCAGUGAAGUACUUAUUUUUGAUGUUUCGGAAGUUUUGUACAAUGAAUUAGCAUGUUUCCAGCUGAUCAAUAGUACCAAUAGUUCAGCAAUUUAG